UUGACGUAGAGUAGAAUCCGAGAAGACAGGUUCUAAGGCAAUGCGAGACGCUGCAGCGCAUACAAAACGCCGUCUGCACGGCAGCACGUCGCCUUCUACCCCCCACCAUCAAGGAUUGGCGUAGGCAUGGCAGUUAGACGCAUAAUUUGGUACAUCUUCAUCGGCUGCGUUGUAUGUGCAAUCAUAGUAUCGGUCGUCGUGCUGCCACUUGCCCUUCCGGUCGCGCUUGGUGCGAUCGGCUUCCUCGCUAGGGGUGUUCUGCGAGGUUCGAUCGCAGCGGGCAUACAAUCGUCGAUCGGUCCCGUCUCUGCAGGCUCUCCCUUCGCGCUCGCUCAGUCUGUAGCGAUGGGCGGCGCGAUCCCCGCACUCUGGUCAUCCGGUGCCACAGUAGUUGGCGGAGCGGUAGGAGGUCUGCUGGGUUGGACGGCUGCUUGGCUCGAGCCCAUUUUCGCUCUCCACACCAGGUAUGCGAUGCGUGGGGCUAAGACGGUCCUGAGUCGCGCAACGCGGGGUGUAAGGCGUCUCGUGUCGUGUGUGCGGUCUCGCCUUUAGGGCGGAGCUGUAUGCCUGGAGUAUGUCUUACGCCGUACCGUAUGCUGCUUUUAUCUACGUGUAGCAUUCAUUGUGACUUCUAUCGAUAGCAUGUGUGCCACACGUCCACACGUCCACGCGAAGAUGUAGAGAUUCAGCCUCUAAGUGGGUGCCAUAUGCAAAUAUUGGCUAGCCG